AUGCUCUAUUCAAUUCAAAAAGGACUGUAGAGAAUAGAUAUAUUUGGGCAAACCAUCACUCUCAAUAUGAAUAAAAAUGCGUAUUAUACAACUUCAUUUGGCGGAUGUUCUUCAAUUAUGAUUAUUUGCUUGUUGAGUUUAAUCUUCUAUUCCAACAUUGCUGACUUUUUUACAAAAGCAAAUGUCUAUUACAAUUCAUAGACAGCAUUUUCAAAUGAUCCUAAUUAUAUGAAAAUGAGUGAUGAAAAUGCAAUGUUUGCUUUAUCUAUAGAUUAGAACAAUUACACCAAUUUUCCAUUUUUUAAUAUUACCAUGGAGUAAAGGUAAGAAUUUAUUGAUCUAGAAUAUAUGAAAGAUCUUUGGAUGGAACUAUUAAAAAAUCUACAAUGCAGAUCCCUCUAGAGCCUUGUACUUUGGAUAGAUUUAAUAAUGUCGUUGAAUAGCAGGGAAUCGAUACUAAUUUUAAUGAUUCUUUUAACUACUUAGGCAUGGACUAAUGGUUAUGCCCAAAGUAUAAGAAUUAUAUAUUUAGGGUCAACUAUUCUUUGGAGUUGUAAGGAACUUACUCAAGUGAAACGUUUAAAUUUAUAAGAAUUGUUGUUUCCGAUUGCCAAAAUAACUCUAAUUCAACUUAUUGGAAUCCGAUUUGUGCUAAUGAAACUGAAAAAUAGCAAUAUUUACAAGCAAAUGGAUAAUUCAAGCUUUAAGUUUUUCAAAUAAAUACGAUGGUAAAUCCAUAAAAGGCUAAAGACCAUAAGACAAUGUAUUUAGAUAGUGAUAUGUACUUUUCCUUUGUACCGAAUCAGUUAUCAAGAUUAGCUAAUGUGUAUUAUAGAUCAUACGUUAUUAAUAAUGAUUAGAGUCUGUUACCUUAUGAGUAAUUAAUUAAUUUAAAAUUAGAGAUAUUCAAAAGGAAGAAAUAAUUGUGAGGAAAGCUGAAGACUUUAGAGAUUUAACUGAAUUAGGAAGAAACACUGAUAGUAUAUAUGCAACAAUUUAUUUGAGAAGAAGUCCUUUUACUGAGAUUAUAAAUAGAAAUUAUGAAAAGCUUGGUGAUCUCUUAUCAUAUUUAGGAGGUUUCAUGCAAAUAUUUAAAGUCAUAUUUGGAUUCUUUAUUGCAUUUUAUAAUAGAACAUCUAUGUUGAUAGAGUUAUCAAAUAGAUUAUAUGAUUUUAAAGAAGUCACAAAUCGAUCUUAUGUAAGAAAAGGGGCGUUUGAUUAAAAUUUGGGAGUAAUAGCAACUCCGCCAGAUGAAAUGAACAUUAUCUUAAAUAAUCAACCUAACCCUGACUUAUAAAAAGUAGAGUGGAAAUAAUUCAUUCACAAAUUGGUGGAGAGGUCACAACCCAUUAAAUUAAAUUUGAAGAUUCUCAUAAAUGAAUUAAGUUGUGGAUAUUUCUUCAACAAUACUAACUCAUCCUUUUUUACAAAAGCCAUGUACUUUAUAUACAUCUAUUUUAAAGGAUAAAGAUUAAUGAUGAAUUGGAUUUACAUAAUAUUCUUCACCAAUUAUAAGAAGUUUCAAAAUUGAAAUCCGUUUUACUCUAAAAACCACAAUAAAUUUUAUUCAAUUUCACUCCAAAGCCAAUUAUUACUUUAAGUUAAGAGAAUAAUGUACCCUCAAGAAUAGAACUCGAUUAUUAGAAUCGGUAAUCUUAUAUAAGAAAUAAGGAAGAAAUUCCAAAUGAAGAGUUAUUCACUUCGCUUUAAGAGGUAAAUAAAUCGAUAUUUAUAAAAGGCAUAUAGAACAGUUAUAGAUGAGAUGGAGAACAGUGAAAGUAGUUUAAUCUGUUAAAAGACAAUCAAUUUUAAGUUGACAAAACAAAUAGAUGAUGAAUUAGGAAAAUUCUUAAGAAGCAGACAUAUGAGUUGCAUUAAUCAAGAGGAAAAAGCUUGA